GAGGACGACAAAGAGUACGGUGGCUAUGCCGACACCCGGCGACACCGCGAUGACGCCGUACAGCGUUCGGCAUUUUGCGGGCAUUACUUCAAAAAGCAGGAUGAAGAGCGUGACGAAGAUGGUGCUUGUGGAUGCUGCCACGACACAGCGAGCACAGACGAACAGCGUCAAGCUGUUAGUGAUACAGGUGGUAAAGCCAGCCAGUAGGAGGAUAGCUACCGCAAUACAAGUGACGGGACGUCUGCCCUUUCGGUCAGCAACCAUGCCCAUGGUUGGAACCGAUAUCGCCGCUCCCAUCAUGUACGUUACCGCAGAGAACGACACUACCCACUCCAUGUUGCAUACCAGGUCCCAGGUAGUGAUAAUGGAACGCGCACCAGGUUCGUAGUCCCAGGACGUACAGGGUACCGGGAGGCGGCGCGGCGAAAGAGGAUUGUCGUAGACCUCGCAUUGGCUGUGGGUACCGUCGGGUCUUGGCGGUAAUCCGACCUGUUUCCACUCGGCUGUGCUAAGGUUCCCGAAGGUGGCGGGCUUUCUGCACCAGAAAUCGACGCGGCGAGCAAUGAGCCUGAAGGCGAAGCUGUGACACUGAAGGACCACCAAGGACACGACGGUACACAGGAGAAUCAUGCGCUGGUAGCAGCCGUGGCCGAAGAUGGUGGCUUGGCUAAUGUCGUCGUAUUCGCUAAGUUCUUCAAGGCGCAGGUCGAAGGCUGUGCUCACGCCCAGUUCCUUUGGUGCAUUGUACGGUACGAGAGACCUUCGGCUCAUCUCGUCGCGUGGCGCACGCGCGGGACAUUCAACAGUGAGACUUUCGCUCGAAGGUAGUACCGAUGCUGACGCUGGAAGCCUAUCAGAAGGCUUCAAGACUGACCUCGUCGCUGGUCCAGACUGCUGCGAGAUGGUUCUAACGUUCGACAGUGGUGAAGGCAACGCAGGCGAUGGUUCUUCAGGAGAGAGUUGGUCCAAAGCGUUGUCGGACGGGCGACGCGUAAUAUCCGACACUGGUGUGAAAUUGGUUAGGAGAAGAGAAGGUGCGGCGCUUUCUGCUUCGACGUCGAAGUGUCAUGCAUAUUGGACCAAAGAAGGUGGUGUGAUGGGGGGCCAGACUGAUGGGGAGCGACCGGGUCCACCGCCCAUAGCCAACGGACAUGGACCCCCUGCCUACUCAUACCUGAGACGGCUGUGCAGGGACCGAGGUCUCCUCUUCGAAGACCCAGAGUUUCCUCCGUCUCAUCGGGCACUCUCGGCAAAGAACAAGUUUGCCAGCGCCCACAUCACCUGGAUGAGACCUUUCGAAAUCUGCGCAAGACCAAAGUUUAUAUCUGAAGGCUCAUCGCGGUUCGACGUCGAGCAGGGAGAACUCGGCGACUGCUGGCUGCUGGCAGCCAUAUCAUGUCUGUCGAAUACGGCACGGUUCCUGGACCGCGUGGUUCCUUCCGACCAAGGCUUCGGAGCAGGUUACUGCGGCCUCUUUCGCUUCCGCUUCUGGAAGUUUGGCGAGUGGACGGAGGUCAUCAUCGACGACCGACUGCCCACACAUAGGGGUCGUCUCGUCUACAUGCAUUCGUCGGACCCUUCGGAGUUUUGGGCCGCUCUACUGGAGAAAGCCUAUGCCAAAUUCUACGGCGGUUAUGACCAGCUCCAACAAGGCUACACCGGGAGAGCCUUGCAAGACCUGACGGGCGGCGUCGCCCAGACCUUCCAGAUGGCCAACAUCGACUCUCCUACGGCUUUCGCCAUGGUGUCCAGUGCGGUGCCACGGUCCACGCUCAUGGCUGCUUGCAUAAUUCCCGAGCACAGCAAGCCGCCGGCGAGAUUAAACAACGGUCUCUACACGCAACAUGCAUACAGCGUCACGGGUAUCGCGAAGGUCCGCGUGAAGCAGGGCGAAGUGACGUUGAUUCGACUACGGAAUCCCUGGGGUCGUGGAGAGUGGAAUGGGCCCUGGAGCGAUCGCUCCUGGGAAUGGGACUCGCUCUCCGAGAGGGAUAGACAACUCCUUGGGGUUCGGCAACCGCCUUCAGAAGGAGAAUUCUGGAUGUCCUUCGACGAUUUCACGCUCAACUACACCCAUCUGGACCUGGUGCACAUUGGUCCCGAUGACUGGAUGCAGGAGACAGCGUUGCACAGCAAGAAACCCUGGCGGGCAGUGCUAGCGAGACGACGAUGGCGACGGGGCUACAACGCCGGAGGAGGACCCUGCUGCCCAGAGACAACAAGCUGUAACCCUCAGUUCCACGUCCAAAUCCCAAAGUCAUCGGCUAGCAAAUGUCACAUGGUUGUCUCGGUGACUCAGCAGUACAGCACAGACGCCAUCAAAGAAGCAAGCAGAAAACUACAUCCUGUCGGAUUCGCUAUCUACGAAGUGCCUCCUCAGCUGACACGGCUGACGUCGCAGUUCGUGGCAACGCACCGACCGCUGGACGUGACGGUUCAUUCGACGACGAGGGAGACGGUGACGUUCUUUACGUUGCCCGCCGGCGAUUAUAUUGUCCUGCCUUGCACCAGCAACAUCAACUGCGAGACGCGUUUCCUCUUAAGGAUCUUCACAGACGAACACAGUAAUGUUUGGGAAGUGAACGACGACAACCUCAUCUACCGCAGCAUAAACUUCGCCAAGAACGGCAACGUCAACUCAUCUCACAGUGUACCUACGACUUAUUCAAAGAUUGCUCACAAGCUUCCACCUGAAGUGGACGCCUACACGCUCCUCAAACUUCUCAGGGCCAUGUCCAGAAAAAACUUGUGUCUGGCAGAUACGGAACUGCUCCUAGAAAAACCUUCCCUGGAACUGUGCCGGCAUCUGGUUAUGCUCAAAGAUCCAAUUAUCAAUGGAAAAAUAAACGCCAAAGAUGUUCCUCUGCUCCUGGGAAUGCUUCACUAUUGGAGAAAUGUUUUCGUCAAAUUUGAUCCUCCGCACAAGGGCCGCACGAGCAGUUUCAACCUCCGACCUCUUCUCUGGGAGGCAGGAAUCACGGUGAGCAACAAGGUACUCGAGUGUCUGGUUAUCCGCUACGCCAAGGAAUGCAACAUCACAGCCGAAGCCUUCAUUGGAACUCUAGUCAAACUCUACCUGGCACACGACAGGUAUAUCCAAGUGGAAAAGAAACUGAAGGAAAACACGUUGUCACUGGAAGAGAUGAUCCUGAUGACUGUCUAUUCCUGAAACAGCGAGUCACCAAAUAUAGCGAAGAUCGGGUCCAUGGCGUCAAGAUGGCCUCCUAUACAUAUCACUAACCACCAGAUGUAAUAUAUGUUUAUUUAUUAAGAAGUCGAAACCUC